UCUCCAUUUUAUUUUAUCCAUUUUCCUCUCCCUAUCAUCUCUCCUUCUUUCAUAUCUUCGCUGUUUCGUUCGUAGACUUUUGGGUUAUUAUCAUUUACCUCUAUUUCCGAUAAUGAUAUUGGAGUUCCAAUAUAAUUUAGUCAUUCAAUUCAAGGUGCUUGGUAUCCGUUUCUUCCUUUUCAUUUUUGACUCGUAUAAUGAAUAAUUCAAAAACAAUUUAUAAAAAUUGAUUCUAAAUCUAAUAUUCAUAAUAUAAGAGUCAAAGGACUGAACGGGUGUGGACCCUGAGUGCGGCGGAAUCGGAGUCAGUUUUAAGCAACCUUCUCUAAACCUGUCUGAAGAUACUUAAAACAGCUGGAAACAGUUUGACAAACUCCGCUAGUUGAGACCACGUUAACAAUGACUAAGUUUGAAAUGAACAACUCCCGAUGGCGGGCGUAUGGGGUGCUGGUGGCCAUAUUCCUGCAAACCAUCUCCACAAUGAGUGUAGCGUAUGGUUCUUCCUCGUACUAUGUCAUCGCUUUUCAACGACGCGGAGUGGAGGGUUACUUAGUAGGUCUGUUCAGCUUUGGACCAGGUGUGGGUGUACUGAUAGGAUUCUUCUUCGACACGACCCACUAUUUUAUCCACCGGCACAACGUGAGCGUCUUCCUCGUGGUCUGCGGGGCUCUUAUCUCCACAAUUAUUAUCUGUGCUGGGACUGGUCUAGCUGCUCUCAUUCCCUCAAACCUCCCCGCCAUGAUUAUCAUGAUUAUACUUCGUGUCCUCUUCGGGUUCCUGGAACUAAGACUUUGUGAGAUAGCGGUGGAAUGCUGUAAGUUUUGGUUUCCACACCAUUUCAGGGUGGUCCAGGGGAUUACAAAUGGCGGGUAUUACCUUGGGGCUGCCUUGUUUAAUCAACUUAGCGGGGUUAUGUACGACUUCUGGGAAAACUUCACCUCCCCGUACAUGGGUUUUGCAAUCAUCGUGUGCUUCUGUCUGAUCUUCAACGCGUUGGUCCUGCCGAACACCAGCAACUCUGAUAUGACCCUUCUCGAGGAAACGGAUAAAGAAAAAGGCGACCCUGAUUACCAGUAUGAUCAACUUAGCUGCGAUUCAAUUCAAGUUGAUGUUGGGGAGGAGCUGGACAGUGAUGUUUCAAUAACUCAACUUUCAACUCAAGACGAACGUAAGGCCUGAACAACAGUGAAAAGAGCAAAAGAGAGAUGGAAAUUGCCGAAAAUAGUCUAACUCCAGCGAUAAUCAUUCCGAUGAUUGGCGACAUUUGUUUUGACAUGAUGUACGGAUACGCUGCUGCCCUGGUAGUUCCCUACCUUAACGGGAUGUUCCAAAUGCCCAUCUCCCAGGCUAGUUUCUUCCUGGUCCUCCUGAACCUGUCCAUGAUGGCAGGUUCCUCCGCAGCUGGUGCCUUGCUCCAAGCUAAACUAAUUAGUUCCCCCAAGAUAGCAGCUCUAGCAGCAAUGAUUGGCUUCAUUGGAGUCUGGUUUUUAUUCCCACCAAUAAGGAUACCCGGCUUGUUUGAGCAGGUCCCGAAUGUAGGAUAUCUGGCCGUCUGCUUCGUUGGAUUCGCAAGCAUGCUUGGAUCUGUUUCUUCCUAUAAAACUAUGGAGACUAUUCAAGCUAAAGUAACGCGACGGGCCCUAACUGUGAACGUCAGGUCAAGGAUCACAACAGUUUGGUACACUGGAGUAGCUACAGCCAUGUACGCGGGGUCCACAGUGGCAGUCUUAACUUCAACCUAUCUUACCCUAGACCACGGCAACUGGUUCUUACUGAGUUGGAUGAUUAUUGCCCUGAGUAUUAAUCUCUGCAUUGUAAUGUUCGUUGGGGGUGACGAGUCCAAGAGGUUAUGUGUGAUAUAAUCAGUUGACAUCAUGGCAAUGAACGAGACAGGUGGCAGUAAAUAACUCAAAGUUAUAGUUGGAACUGAAUCAACGGAAAUUCAAACGGCUACACUACAUGUGCAUCAACUUUGGCUGUCAACUUUUUACGGCAACCUACACGAAACGUUCAGCCUGUUGUGCGCAAAAUCCUUUAUUUGUUAUUAAUAUUUGACUGCGAGUGCCGAGGAUAAAACAAACAAUAUGUACCAGCUUAGUUUUUGCACGGCGAAGUUAAGAGGAUCGUUUUUUAACCGGACAUCUUCCUAUGUUCAAAGGACAGGGAAAAUAUAUUAAAGUACAAUUGUUGAGCAUGAAGUACAUGAAAACACUAAUUUGUUUCACGUCGCGAUACUUAUUUCUGUUAAACCAUUUCGAGGCUAUUCGCUGCGAGACUGCCCCACGCUUUGUACUCGGCAUGGCUGGGGCCACAGCGUGAACUUGAAGCAAAGAACACUUUGGCAUUAGUGUCGCAAAUUCAAGUUUGCAGGGCUAGUAUGCAAAUAUCGAAAUUAAUGGUGGCAGUUUGACGUUGUACAUGAAUUUUAUUAAACUGAAU